UUACAGGUGAGUCUCCCGACCACGCUGUAGACGUACCCCCACGUGCUACUAGAAUGGUGAAGAGAGAAGUGCCCCCGGACGGAAACCGAGCAUGGCUAUUUGUGUUUAUAGCCUACCUCCUGUCGGUUGUAGUUUCGGGGCUUCCUCCGUGCUUUGGCCCAAUAAAGGCUGCAAUUACGGAGGAGUUUCCAGACACUUCGACAAGUACCCUUGGCCAAUUUCCAUCUUUGGUCAGCAACUUGAGUCUUUUGCUUUCCCCCAUAGCUACUCUUGUGGUACUGAAAUGUGGUCCUCGUUUGAGUCUUUUUCUAGGAGGACUUUUUUCUGUAAUUGGACUAGGUUUAAGUUCUUUUGCUAAAUGUGCUGGCUUCCUAGUUUUCAGUUACGGAGUUGUGGUCGGGAUUGGUUCCAGUUUAAUAGUUGCAAGUUUGCUCUCUCCCAAAUUGCAGCUUUGUUUACCUCCCGCAAGCCUUUAG